ACCUGUUGGGAAAUAGGAAUCUACGAAAGCGACUGCUUGGCCGCUAUCCAAAGAGAUAAGUACUCUCUCUGAUUCUAAAUUCUUGAAUCAAAUUUGUCCAAAUAUGGAUGUACCUAUUCUUAAAAUGCGUCUAGAUACAUGUAAUAUUUUGACAACAAUUUAGGAUCGGAGGGAGUAUAUUACAAAACUGGACCAUUCAAAAUGUGGUUUAAACAUAUUUGGCAGGUUUUGCCAAAAAUCUUGUUCUCAGCCCAGUGUUAAAAUUCCAGCUUCAUUGAAAAACGACCGGCGGAAAAUGACAUUUUUCUUAGGCUCAAAUUUUGAAUUCAAAAAGAGUAAAUUACAAAUGUUCUUGUCACUUGUGAGCCUACUUUUAAAAUUUCAGCGCAUUUCGCCAAUAUGACCUGCCAAUCAACUCGGUUAAAACCCAUCACGUUUGCGAAAACCAUCUUCUGACUAGGUUGCCAGAGGGAAAUUUAAUCGGUAUGAACAGUUGGCUGUGAUUAGUUCAGAGUUGCAACAUGGACUUAUCUCAAUGCUAUACCACAUUGAAGCCCACGAUGAGGUUCAUUUUUUUGAGGGUAAAGACUGUAGGCAAAAAUGCCUACAGUCAUAUAUAUUAAAAAAGAGUAACUGUACAGAUGAAAAAUGAAAGAACAAACAUGAAAGAGCUAUCUGAAUCUAGCCAGCCAAGCGGCCAUGUUGGAGUAUUGUUUUCUUUUAGCUCUAUGAAAGACCAAAUUCAUCUCUUCUUUGAAAAGCUGCCUGCAUCUGUAGAGGUUGGGGGUUCGCUGGUUGAAGAUGAAGUCAUUUCGAACUUUCCAAAUGCUCCAAGCACCCAUGAUGAUAAUCUCCAUGAAGAAAGGAACCUUGAGUUUGCGUUUGAGUGAUUCCACGUUUAAAUGAACAUUUGCAACUGGAGUGAAGCUGCCACAUAAGUAGGCCCAGCAAGUUUUUGCAAAUGCACAGUGAAAGAACAGGUGAUCUCUUGUUUCUAAAUGUAGAACACCACAUAAGACACAAUCAUAUGAUGGGAGCUGAAAUGACCUCUUUUGAAGCAUUGCUCAAGUAUUGAGGCGAUUAAUGAGGAGCAUCCAGAAGAAGAAUUUGUGCUUCAGUUGGCAACAGGAUUCCCAGAGCCAUCCAAAAUCAGAUGGUAAUUCCAGGUGAUUAAUUUGAGCCUUAUAAGCCUCUGCUGGGAUGAAUGAGCCCUUGUUCCAAAUGUAAGUCCACAUGUCGUGACCAUCAGCUUGGGCAACAUUAUCCAGCAUAACAAGGAACUGGAUGAAUUGGUCAAAGGCAGUAAGUGACAAGGGGAGAUGAAAGAGAGUCUCCUUUUGUUCAUUCUGCAUGAAGUCUUGGACACUGGCAUGCUCGUUUCUGGCAAAGGAGUGGAGGUGCGGCCAUCUGUUUUCUAGGGUGUUCCCUUGCCAGUGAUCAAGUCCAAAAAAAUGUGGAGGCCCCAUUGCUAAUCUUUGCCACAGCAAGUCGCUUGAAAGUGUCAAUCAGUUUGAGAAUGUCUAACCACCAGAAAGAUUCAGUGGUUGGUUUUUGGGGAGGGAGACCAUUGUGGUAGUGUUUUUUCCGGACAAAUUGGACCCAUGGGAUGUCCAGCCUGUUAUAGUGUGCAGAUUCUUCAUGAGGAGUGUCUGAUUUUGUAUGUUGAUGUUAAUGACACCCAGGCCACCUUCUUUUUUAGGUCUGCAGACGAUCUCCCAAGCAGCAAGAGGUGGAUUCUAACGGGGUCGGCCGGCAGGAUCGCCAAGGGGAGGGCAAGUCGAGGAGGAGAUGGCCGGCCGCAGCCAACGGAGGAUGAUCAGCCACAAGAAGAAGAGAAAAACCAGAGCGGCAACGAUGAAGAAGAUUGUCAAGGAGGAGUCUACGCCUGUACGCCAGCUCCGCAAGACAAGGAGCGCCGCAGUGACAAGAGUACGUGUGACGUGUGUGGAAUAGGCAGAAUUCACGAACAGGAUGAGUUCUGCCCCUACAACUACAUGCACGGGGUUUUCGGCCUCAGGACCUGCAGAGAGCGGUGCCAACCGGGGAUGCAUCCGCAGUUGCUAGCCUUCGCCCAUGGGAGCCACCACCAUCUACGGCGUGUUGUACGCGUGACCAAUGUUCCGAUGAGCGUCAUCCGCGGCAAAAGCGAGCUGCGUGGGCUCUUCAGGCAGUUCGGGCCACUUGCUAGGCGCAACCUCACGACCUUGAGCCUCGAUGACUCCGUCGGCUUCGGGUGGGUGGCGUUCGAGAGCAGUGAGGAUGCGGAGGAGGCCAUCGACAAGCUCAACGGCCACCUCGUCGGCGAUCGCAAGCUCCGAGUUACUGGCUCUAUCCUCACACCUGAAUGCUUCUAUUUUCAUUAGAUGAUCAGGGAGUCGCGCCCCCCGUUUCCAAUUUCAUUGAAACCCAUAGAAAAACAACAGAACAUGGUCUUUGUAACAGACAACAUAGAAGGUAAUGUUCUAAAGCCAUAUCCAAAAGAUCACCACGCAAGGGGAAAGAUCAAGCCCCGCAAGGCGCCGAGCAAGCAGCACAGGAAGACCGAAGCCUGGACUUCUUCAUGGCCAUGGGCGAUGCCGGGGAGUGCAGCUCCAAAGGUCCGGUUUUUUCAACUAGGCUAGAAACCCGAAUAAACCCGAAACACCUGGUCAAUAUGUAAAAUCACAGUGCCCAACGGAAUCAACUCGAGAAGAGCAUCUUCAGCAGA